AGCGGACAGGAGAUGCUCUAUUUGUCAACUGGCAUCCUGAAAUACUACUACAUCUAAAACGCUGCCUCCGGGCCACACAUUUGCAGCCAGGAGGGGGAACAGCACAGCGGCUGAGCUUUUUUUGUGUGUGUAUGUGUGUGUGUGGAGACAAGGGAUACUAGAGCAACGUCCUGCAGGAUAAGGGCGCGCCUAAACUACCACAUUCAUGUGUUGUGAUUGAUUGCCCCCCCCGUGCUUACGAAAAUCUUGCAUAGAUUUAGGAGAUAUGUUGCGGCGAGUUGUGCGACAGAGCAAGUUCCGUCACGUCUUCGGUCAGGCCCUGAGGAACGACCAGUGCUACGAUGACAUCCGUGUCUCCAGGGUCACAUGGGACAGCUCCUUCUGUGCCGUCAACCCCAAGUUUGUUGCCAUCAUCAUCGAGGCCAGCGGGGGCGGAGCCUUUCUUGUCCUUCCUCUACAAAAGACCGGCCGUAUAGACAAGGUCUACCCUACAGUAUGCGGUCACACGGGCCCAGUGCUGGACAUCGACUGGUGUCCUCACAAUGACCUUGUCAUCGCCAGCGGCUCAGAGGACUGCACAGUCAUGGUUUGGCAGAUCCCUGAGAACGGGCUGGAGAAUCCCCUCUCAGAGCCAGUGGUGGUGUUAGAGGGCCACUCUAAGAGGGUCGGCAUCGUGUCUUGGCAUCCCACCGCUCGCAACGUUCUCCUCAGUGCAGGGUGUGACAACCAGAUCAUCAUCUGGAAUGUGGGCACGGGAGAGGCCAUGAUCAACCUGGAGGACAUGCACCCCGAUGUUAUCUUUAGUAUCAGCUGGAGCCGCAAUGGCAGCCUACUCUGCACCGCCUGCAAGGACAAGAAGGUUCGCGUCAUCGACCCCCGUAAAAAGAAGAUUGUGGCGGAGAAGGACAAAGCCCACGAGGGAGCUCGGCCAAUGAGAGCGAUCUUUUUAGCAGACGGAAACAUUUUCACCACUGGAUUCAGCCGCAUGAGCGAGCGCCAGCUAGCCCUGUGGAAAACUGAAAACAUGGACGAGCCGAUAUGUGUCCAAGAGAUGGACUCCAGUAAUGGAGUCCUGCUGCCCUUUUAUGACCCCGACACCAAUAUAGUCUACCUGUGUGGAAAGGGUGACAGCAGCAUUCGGUACUUUGAGAUCACCGACGAGGCGCCGUAUGUUCACUACCUCAACACCUUUUCCACCAAGGAGCCUCAGAGGGGCAUGGGAUACAUGCCCAAGAGGGGGCUGGAUGUCAACAAAUGUGAAAUCGCAAGGUUUUACAAAUUACAUGAGAGAAAAUGUGAACCAAUCAUCAUGACAGUCCCACGUAAGUCUGACCUGUUCCAGGACGACCUGUAUCCAGACACUGCCGGCCCCGAUCCCACCCUGGAGGCAGAGGAGUGGUUCGCCGGGAAGAACGGAGGCCCCAUCCUGAUCUCGCUCAAAGAUGGCUACGUCUCCACGAAGAACCGGGAUCUGAAAGUGGUCAAAACAAACGUCCUGGAGACCAAGCCAGCCACAAAAGCAGAGAAAAUGCCAACUGUCCAGAAGCAAGCAUCUCCACAGCCCUCAGUAAAAAUGGAAGACAAACUGGAAGAGGUACUCCGAGAGUUCAAGUCACUCAGGGACCGUGUCAUCCUUCAAGACCGUCGAAUCGCCAGACUGGAAGAGCAGGUUGCCAAGGUUGCCAUGUAAGACGCGGCCCCUUCCCAGGACCGUUCAUUUGUUUUGGAGAGAGUCGAACAGACGGGGUCAGCCACGGCCAAAUUCUGAAGAUUCGGCUUCAUUCAGCUUGGCGUCAUCCCCCCCACGCGAUGAUAUCAAGCUUACAUUCCAAGAUGAACUUUUAUUUUUCCUCAUCAAGCCUCCUGUUUCACACUUUGCCCCGACACACACACACACACACACACAAACACACACACACACGCAGAGAAAAGGAAAAACUCUUGCAGCUCAUGUACCCGUUUGAAGAAAAGACAUUUUUGUUGAAGGAAAAGUCUUAACUUUUUUUUUUUGUUUGUUUGUUUCAAAUUGUGGUAAAAACAUUCUCAUGUGAAGUUUGUACUUACUACUCAAAAACUGUAUGUAGCAUCAGUAUUUCCAUUUUUUUUUCUUUUUUGUGUUGCCAAAUAUGAGUCGUGUGCGGUUUUUAUGCACUGCUUUUACAUUUAUUUUCUCUCCUGUUGUACAUUCCAGUCACAACCCGGUAGAAUAACUUAGUCAAGCAGGAUUUUUUUAAACAAUAGCUGUUGAACUCGUUUUCUCCUCCCACCAGUUUGCUCAUUGAUAACCAUCAAAUUUAUGAAUGUGGAAGAAUUCCUUCUAAAAUGUUUUAUUCCUGUUCUUCUGGGCUUGAAAUUAAACAUUGAGUUUUAUGGGGAGGGGAGGGGGGUGGGGUUGCAUCUCUGGUGUAAAUGUUGUGCAAAUGUAGUGGUGCCUCUUGUCACUGUUUAGGGUCAAAACUACCCUCUCCGGUGCAUAUUUGGUGUUGGGAAGGGACCACUCACCCAGCUUGUGUUUCACUGAACCCCUGAAAAACAGUUCUGUGCACAUAAUAAAGAUUUUACACACGAAAACCUCUA